UCAGUGUCGGUCAUGCAGGCGGUGCGUCACCACCUAUCUGUGGUGCUGGUGCUGGUGGUGGUGCUGGCGGCGCUGCUGGUCGGACCAGCGCCGGCCGGCGGCAGCCUCCACCUGCCCAGCAGGGACCUGUGGCGCAAGAGCUCCGUGUGGCGGCUGGUGCAGACGCAGCACGAGUACCCGCAGCACCGGAAUGAGUUCACCACGCUCGGCAAGCCGCUGGAGGGCAGCCGGCGCAGAAAGCCGCACAACCCGCACAAGGUGCGGAUUGCCCAGUCGUCGCACUACGAGCUGAAGUACACCUUGGGCCGGAAGAUAGUGUUCAUCUGCGUGGCGCGGGGGAACCCGCGGCCGCAGAUCACCUGGUUCAAGGACGGCAUCGAGCUGUACGCGCACAACUUCUUCAAGGUACACGAAUGGCAGAUCGGCAAGCGUAAGUUCAAGUCCAAGAUGGAGAUUGACCCCGCCACGCCGAUGGACGUGGGCUUUUACGAGUGUGUCGCCGACAACUACCACUCUGUGGACGUGCGAGGCUUCCGCACCGAAUACACCGCCUCAAUUGUACUGGAGUCGCGAGCCGGCUGACAAGAACACCGUCUUGAAAAGGACAGACGAGCGGUGCAGCAGCACAACAUGAGAGGCUAGGGGCGACAGGAUCGUGUCUCCUCGCUGCUUCCAGACAGACUCAUGAGUCGAGCGAGCGUAACUAGGCUGCGCUUACAGUCAGUUACACGGCCUAGCAGAAGAGGGGCAGACAUGUCCUAACUCUAAUAUUGAGCAAGGUGUGAGGGGUGGGAUAUGGUUCAUGGCUGGAUAUUCUCACAUUUACCGACCAGCCAACAGCUAUAAGGGUCCAGCAACUGUAUUUAAUGUCUUACGAGUGUGUGCAUCAAUUCUGCAGUUAAUGACGUGCACUGCAGUUCGUGCAAAUAUUGUUACUGAUCACGCUAUGUUGCAAUAAAUGUAUGACAAAUG